CCCGCCUACGAACCCAAUAAUAUUUGUCCGAACACAUAUUCCUGCGUUGAUGGUGCAAAUACUGUUCGUAGUUUUGUUUUGAAAAACCCAGCCACCUCAAAACCUAAGCCAUGUCGAACCCCCACGGGCCGCCGAGGCCUCUCCACAAGCAGCGUUCGUGGGCUCCUGAUAUGCACCGAGACGAGGCGUGGCUUAGACGCAAAGGCAAUCACGGCACCGAAGACCGUCUCCGCCGCAACAAGAGCGUCUCAGACGAUGAUCUGGAGGAGUUGAAGGCUUGCAUCGAACUGGGGUUCGGUUUCGGGUUCGAUUCGCCGGAGGUGGAUCCAAAGCUUUCCGACACUAUCCCCGCUCUGGGUUUUUAUUACGCUGUUAACAAGCAGUACAGUAACAGCUUGUCGAGAUCGUCGUCUUCAUCGUCCCUAAUGGCCGCUUCCGAUAGCGAAAACGAAAGCCCAAGCUCCAUAAUCGAUCAAGGUGAAGAUGCUGAUCUGGUAAAGACGAGGCUGAGGCAAUGGGCCCAGGUCGUUGCUUGCGCAGUGCGUCAAUCCGUUUCAACGUCAACCACCGUGAACCGAAAUGUUUGAUGAAUUGUCUUUCCCCUUUCAUACUCAAUUUUGUAACGUACAAUUAUUACUAAUUAAAAGUUUUUAUUUAUUUAAUAAU